CAGGUUGAAAAUGGAGCAGGUUGGAGGGAGCCCUUGGGGCGGACACUGGCCGGAACUCAGUUAAUGGAUGCCUGGAAGUUGACAUACAUGUAUAUUCAGAAAUGUUUUAUCGCUUCUCGGCCUUUUGGCUAAGAUCAAGCACAGAAAUGUUUUGCUUCCUGAGACCUGUGAGGAGGUUAUGUCUGGAGAAGGUGUCUCCACGCUGGUUUUUCUGCUCAAGAGCAUUCUCGGGGGCUGAAGCAGUCAAUGCCUUGAGGCCAUUCUAUUUUGCAGUGCAUCCAGAUUUCUUUGGACAACACCCCAAAGAAAGGGAAGUCAAUGAAAAUUCUCUUCAGAAAUUAAGUGUCUAUUUAGAAAACCUUCAGAAACCAGGCUCCAAGUCUUUGAAACCAACUCAGCUCACAUUUUAUGUAAGAGAAACAGACCAGAAUUCCUCUGAUGGCCAGGAACCCUUUAGUACUUUAGGAUUUCGAGCGGUCAAAUUUACUUUGCACACCAGAGAUCUGCUAAGCACAGUAUUAUAUAUUCUCAACUCAUGCAGUUUAUCAGUUGAGCAUGUCCAAAGCUUGAAUAGCAAUGUGCGUCCCCAGCCUCCCAAAGAGGCGAAGAGGAUGUCUGACAGGCCCAUCAAAUGGGACAAGUCUUACUACUCCUUUACUGGAUUCAGAGACCCAGAUGAAGACCUCGAGCAUGUCUCAAAAAUGGAAACAACCCUAACAUCCUGGCUAGGCAGCAAUGGGAAACGUGCUAUUAAAAAACUGGAGAAUAGUUUGCCACUUAGAAAAGAACUAGAUCGUUUAAAAGAUGAACUAUCUCAUCAGUUGCAGCUCUCAGAUAUCAGGUGGCAGCGGAGCUGGGGCCUCGCCCAUCGCUGUAGCCAGCUGCAUAGUUUAGGCCGCUUAGCACAGCAGAACUUGGAAACACUUAAAAAUGCAAAAGGAUGUACAGUAAUAUUUACAGACCGUUCUGGGAUCAGUGCAGUGGGCCACGUGAUGCUGGGAACAAUGGAUGUCCAUCAUCACUGGACAAAGCUUUUUGAAAGGUUGCCAAGUUACUUUGACCUUCAGAGGAGGCUAAUGCUCCUAGAAAACCAAAUAAGCCACCUUCUGGGGGACAUCCAGGUGGUUUAUAUCGAAGAGCUCCAGCCAGUGCUGACGCUGGAUGAGUAUUACUCUCUUCUCGACGUGUUCUAUAAGAGGCUGUUGAAAAACAGAGUUCCUUUCCACCCGCAAAGUCUGCGUGGCUUACAGAUGAUUCUCAACAGUGACAGAUACGCUCCAAGUUUGCAUGAACUCGGGCAUUUUAACAUCCCCACGCUCUGCGACCCAGCCAACCUGAAGUGGUUCAUUCUCACCAGAGCCCAGCAGGCGAGAGAGAACAUGAAGAGAAAAGACGAGUUAAAGGUUAUUGAAGAUGAAUUGAUACAGGCUUCAACAAAGAAAUUUUCCCUGGAAAAGUUCUAUAAGGAGCCCAGCGUUUCUAGUAAGCAGAUGGUGGAUUGCUGUAAGAGACUUCUGGGGCAGUCGCUGCCUUACCUACAAGGGAUGCACCUCUGCGUUUCACAUUUUUACUCCGUUAUGCAAGACGGAGACCUCUGUAUUCCUUGGAAUUGGAAAAAUGGAGAAGCCAUUAAGUGACACAAAUCUGUAUUUUUUAAAGAACUAAGAACGGAACUGUUAAAUUAAACAAGUCCACAAUUUGCUAUAACAGUAUUAUUUACUUAUUACAAGAACAAAGUUUCUGAUUGCUGCUUUGAAAGUAGAUUUAUUUUUUAAAAUUAAUUUCUGCUGGGAAACUUGUUUGUAAAAAAGUUUUCACUCCCCAUCUUAUGGUGUUUCUUAUCUGAUUGGCAAGACUAGAUAAAAAGCUGUUGCCAUGAAAGAACAUAUUUGUGGUAUGUAGGUGUUAAAGAUACAUAUUUUUAUAUGAGUGAAUGUGGGUAAAUACGUAACCCAAUUCAACAUGCAUCUUCACAGUCACAUCCCAUGUAUCAGUACACACAUGUAUUUUGCAACCAGUGUGGACUGUUGAUGUCCAAAACACAAGAUUGAUGGGUAGCAAAAGCUAGAUAAUGAAACUUUGCCAAACAGAAAGAAUGGAAGGGGAAAGCCAUUGAAUGAAUAUAUGGUAUUGAACAUCUUCAGUGACAGAGAAUUUAGUUUUAAACCUGUAAGUUUUCCUUCCCAUUGAAAUAGUGUAAUUGUAGCAUGAAGCCAACAGACAGUGAAUUUUUCUGAUUCAUUUAAUGAGGUGACUCAUUUAUGGCCAUGGAAAACACUACCCAGAAAAAUUCUUGUUUCCCAAAGAUUCCCAGCAGGUAGGGUCAAGUGUAACGUGGUCCCAGUCAGGCAGGAUUCUGUCACCCCUUGCAACCUGGGUCUUCCUGUUCCCUCCAGUGUGUGGAAUGCUGGUUCAGGCCUCCAAGCCACCCCUGGUCCACAGCUGUGGGGACAACCAGCCCCACCCCAAGGGGCAUGGUGUGGCCACUCUAGACACAGGGCUUCUCUCUCUGCAGAUACUUCUCUUAGGAUAUUUUUAACCAGUUCCAAAACCUCUUCAUUGUUUCUCAAGAGGACAAAGUGAAUCCUAUUUGGGACACCAUUUUUGUAGCUCUUACUGCAGAAGAAAUGAGAGAAAUUUUUCCCCACAGUGCAUUACAAGGGAAAGGUAUUUAAAACCAUUCUUGAAGUAUGUUUUAAAUUAAUCUAAAACAUUGGUUAUUUAAACUUAAAAUUCAAAUGUGUAUUCGAAAGAAAUACUGAUUUGUAAUUAUUCCAGGGUGUGUGUGUCAUCCCUUUUAACCUGUGCCUAAGAGCUGUACUUACAUUUUUUUCUAAUGUAGCAAAUGUUGUUUCCAGAGCCAGACAACAGGAGGUUACAUAAGAAAAUUUAUUGGAAAAAUGGGUUUGGAUUAAAUACCUUUUGUAAAAUCAGUAAUAUGUUUUGAAUUGGACUUUGUCUUGAAACUAAUUGUUACAUAAUAAAUAUAUAUUAAUCA